AUGCGAGCCGGCUCUGGCGUCGUCAACUCAUCCAGAGAGAAUUCUCCUGAGCAGCGUAGCUUCCGUGAAAUUGUCGGAGGUCAUAAAGAGAGCGAACUGCAAAAAGACGAAAUUAUGACGAAGAAACCGCCGAAAAAGCCACCUCAUCUUGAUGCUAAGCAGCCGCCGGUCCUUCAGGCAAUAAAGAAAGAGAAGCCUAGUUCAGAGCCUCAAAAACCUCCAGAAAGGUCUGAAAAAGGUCGGAAAUCUGAUGCUUCGGAUGCUACUAAUCCAUUCCUGAAUAGACCUUCAUCAAGAACAAAGGCUAGUUCAUCGACGUCCUCGGAUCUUGGAGUUGUAUCAGAUAGGGCAAUUAAU